GUCACGGAAAAUCUUGUUUGACAGCUGUGGUCUCUUCAUUUUCAACGUAUGGAAAACAGCAACUUGAACAUUCUUCUAAAUAUCUCAUUUUGUGUUCCACAGAAGAAGAACAAAGUCAUACAGGAGUGGAACAACAUUAGGUCGAGUAAAUGAUCACAAAAUGUCAUUUUUUGGCCAAACUACCCCUUUAAUUCCUAGUUACGCCUGUCCUGUCGAACAAUGCCUAAUUGUACAAAAAUGGUUAGCUUGAACAAGAACGAAAAUGAUAUGCUUGAACAAGUUAGAAAGGUGAAUAAGACAACACUAAUGCUAAGCCACUGAAGUUCUGUGUUCCAGAGCUUGAGCGCUGAUGCCAGCUGGCAAACUCAUCAGAUCCUUAAUCUUUGGUUAACACGUCCAUGUAGGCAGCUUCUGCCCCACUUUUCAGCUCUACUUUCUGCAGAUCUCUGGUUCUCACAUUCCAUUUAAUUUGAUCACACCAUCAAGGCCAGAUUUGUACGUACAACCUGCCCCCUUGAAAGCCUUUACCAACCAAAAAUGCAUCUACACUACCCCCAACCCCCCCUUUUGUGUGUGUGUGUGUGUGUGUGUGUGUGAGUGGAUUGGAUGGAUCAAGCAACUCUGAUAUAUUAAAGUGAGAAGCAGACAGGUGUUCUGAUAAUGAUUUGUCUCUAACCCCACCCACUCAAAAAUCGAAAAAGAAUCUCCAUCGCCUCUGGCUCUUAAGACUUUUUUCUCCCUCUCCUUCAUUUUUUGAUUGUUAUGAUUGCUGUGCGUUCCUACGCUGUUCAGCCUGCAGGCGGGGUUGGUUGGUACAUGUCAAGGUGCUGAAGUAUGCAACGUGGACAGCAGCCCUUUUGCUUAUUAAUAACUGUAAUAAUUGUGUGCUUCAUCACCUGCAAGAGAGACCCUGUUGCACACCGUCACGCUUUAAUGUGCUUUUCCCACUGAAUAGACUAAUUUCUCAGAGCAAACACAUCAAUAAUUGGCUGGAGAUUAACAUGAAUAGGUUUUGUUUACCAACGAGUUCAAUGAUUUUUUUUGCUGAUCUUCUAGACUUUCACACGUGCUUGCUUGAUGAACGGCUCUUUCAGUUCUUCAUAAGUGAAUAAAUGAGGUGUGCAAAAGGGAGAGGAGUUAAAAAGGAUUUAAAGAGCAUAUCUGAGUGAGUUUCGGCAUGCCCUCUCAGCUACUUGCUAUCUUCAAACUGAUACUUACCUAAUUAUACACACACACAUGCACACACUCGCAUGCACGAAAGGAAAUUCGCAUACAGUCUUCUUCCCACCCUCUAUCUCUCGCCCCCACCAAACUAACCCUCCUAACCGACCGCCUGCUAUCCACUUGCAAAGUACUGCUGUUGACACACAGGAAUCCAGACACGCACACACACAUGCUCUUUCUCCCUCCUUGGCAGGAAGGACUCUCCUCUGAACCAGACGACUGCUUGCGCCUCUCUCCUUUUCCUCUGCUGGCAGGUGUUAGAAAUAAAACCAUAAAUAAGUGCAAGAGGGAGCCAGAGACAGCGCGAGAGAGGAGGACAAAUGUCUUUCUGCAUUUGUUGCUGUAGAGAAGGGGAAAUAUGAGGAAAGGGGAACGAUAUGGAGGAGAAAUCUGUAUUUUUUAAGUAGCUAGAACAGUUAGUAGGGUUUUAUUUGCUUACUGUCAACUGUAUUUUUGUGUCUGAAGGGGAUUGAAGUGAACACUUGGAUCAUCUGGGCUCAAGCCACAGCAUGCUGACUGAGUUAUAGAGCAGCUGAGGGGAAACAAAGUAGCCGAGAGGAACACAAGGCAGUCAUGGACACUAUAACACCUCAGCCACAGUCCUGGAUGACUUGGAUUUGCACACUGGAGUUGGACCCCAUCCAGCCCACAGUCCACUGAUACAAAUGAGUACCCAUGUCCCUCCUGAGCCAUGCUCCCUGGCUAUGGAUUCUCUUCUCUUCUUGAUUUCCAGCCUCACCUCCAAGCGUUCCAUUGCAGAGGCGAGAGCUCUGACAUGUGGUUCCCAGGCUCAGCUGAGGCCCAGGCUCUGAGUGACUCUCUGGAAGGUAGGCCUCUCCUGCGACAGCAUCAGCACAUUGCGGUGUGUCAGCAAGAGACAUUGGCCUUCAUUGACCUUCAACAGCCAAGCGUUAAUGGUUUCCAAUCACACACCCCGGAAAACUGUAGUUCCUCUCUUUGCUCCAAUCCUGUCAGAUGCAAUGGAAGCAGUCCAUCUGACUUUGCCAAGAAUGGGAGUACAGACACAACACUGGACAAUUAUUUGACCCAGGAUAGCAAUAAUGUGGAAGUGGCUCAGGAUCAGAUGUGGAAACCCAUUACUGGCUUACCUGAGACCGUUUAUGAAAACCCUGAACCAGAAGUUAAGGGUCUCUGCUCUCGAGACUUGUUUCUGCCUCUGUCCCCAUAUGCACCUGGGGACAGAAACUCUUUUGAGUCUCAGCAGCUGAGCUCCCCCUCUUCCCCCUUAGAGUUCCAAAGUCUGGACCCAUUUCGCCCUCAAAGACGUACCUCUUUGGGAUCCAUAAAAGAGAAGUCCAUAAGGCGUAGGAUGAGGGUGUACUCUCCAGACACUCUGAGUGAUGAGUCUCUCAGCAGCCCAGGUGUGGAGUGUGAUUACCUGCUCCCAACAUCCUUUGAAUCGUUCGUAGAAGGAGGGCUUGGCAUGGUGGGCUCUACUAUCCCCACAUCCCAAAAUUCCAGCCCGCUCCCAGGGGUAGAUGAGGACCUCUCUCUUCUUGCCACACCGACCUCUCCAAAGCCAUUCUUAGAUUUCCCUCAAGAGGUUGCCAUAUCAGAGGGGGGUGUAAAUGAUGGGGGGAGGCAGAGGUUGGGCCUAGAAGACUGCAGAGCCCUGGAAGGCCCUGCCCUCAACAGUGGGACUUCACUACCCCUGUCCCAUUCUCGUUCAGCAGACAAUGAGCGCCGGCGCUUCUCUGCUUCUGAGCUCAUCUCCCGCCUGCAACUCUCCCAGAGGAAAAACUCUUUUACCCUUAAGCUGGGCAAGUCUCUUUCUGCUCGUGUGGCCUCCCGGGACCGCCACCUGUCUGGAAACCUCAGCUCAGACUACAAACCCAACUCCAGACGUUGCUUCUCAGGGGGAUCAAGUGACACUGCACCACAUAGUCCGGUGGGGUCUGCACCGCCACUGCCCUCUGCUGACUGUAAUCUGCCACUGCACAGGAGGAGUUCAAAGCAAAGGAUGAGAAAGGUUUCCAUUGAUGAGGAUGGAGGCAGUCCUCCCAGCAGCUCUAAACGUCUAUCACGAUUCUUGCCGAACUUGAUUUUGUAUCAGGAAUACAGUGAUGUUGCUAUCAACAGAGAGAUUCAGAGGCAGCAGGGGGCAGAGCCAGGAACGGAUGAAGAAAGAGGGGACUCUGUGUCCCCAGGCAACCUCUCGCCAUCCAGCUCAUUCCGCUCAUCACGAGGCUCCGCCUUUUCCCUUUGGCAGGAUAUUCCUGAUGUUCGGUCCAGUGGACAACUUGACAACUUCAGCAAUGAAGAGCGUAAACUGCAGGAGGCCAAGUUUGAGUUAGUGACAUCAGAGGCCUCAUACAUACGCAGCUUGUCUAUUGCAGUUGACCAUUUUAUGAUGUCUCCUGAGUUGUGUGAGAGUCUUGGGAUGCAGGAGAGGCAGUGGCUCUUUUCCAAACUGCCUGAUGUGAAGGAAGUCAGUGAGAGGUUUCUUCAAGAUCUAGAGCAUAGGUUAGAAGGGGACAUUUUGCGUUUUGACGUGUGUGACAUUGUCUUUGACCACUGUCCUGCACUGCGGAGGGUUUAUCUGCCUUAUGUCACCAAUCAAGCUUAUCAGGAAAAGACCUAUCAACGGCUACUGCAGGAGAAUCCUCGUUUCCCUGGAAUCCUUGCUCGCCUGGAAGAGGACCCAAUAUGCCAGAGGCUGCCUCUUACAUCAUUCCUUAUCCUUCCUUUUCAAAGGAUCACACGACUCAAAAUGCUAGUGGAGAACAUCCUAAAGAGAACAACUCCUGGAUCACGAGAUGAGGACACUGCCACCAAAGCACUUAAUGAGCUCAAAAAGAUAAUAAAGGAAUGUAACUCCAGUGUGCAGUCCAUGAAGAGGAUGGAAGAACUAAUUCAUCUAAACAAGAAAAUUCACUUUGAGGGCAAGAUUUUCCCUCUCAUCUCUCAGUCUCGUUGGCUGGUCAAACAUGGUGAACUUCUUGAAGUGGACACACAGAACUUGAGUAUAUCUGGGUCUAAGUUUAAACUCACCACUCGUCCUGUGUACCUUCACCUGUUUAAUGACUGUCUUCUGCUGUCCCGGAGGAAAGACUCAUGGAAGUUCAUGGUGUUUGUACAUGCAAAGAUUGAAGACCUCAAGGUAAAAGAUCUAAGCCAGAAACUUCAGGGAAUCUCAGGAUUCAUAUUCUACCUGCAGUUAUGUGAGGGGCAACAGCUAAAACACCAGAUUCUGCUCAAGUCACCCACAGAGAGCAGCAAACAGAGGUGGAUCACAGCCAUGUUUACCUCGGACCCAAAGGCAGCCAUUGACCAGACCAAUGAGAAUGAUGAUCUAUCUCAAGUCCAGUGCAUCAAGAGCUACCAGUCACAGGAGCAUGAUGAGUUAAUGCUGGAGAAGGCAGACAUCCUUCAAGCUGUAACAAUUACAAGUGAUGGGUGGGUAGAGGGGAUUCGGUUGUCGGAUGGAGAGAGGGGCUGGUUCCCCAGAUCUUACGUGGAGGAGAUCACAAGCCGCAGUGCUCGUUUGCGAAACCUCCGUGAAAACAUUCGCAUUAAGUGUGUCUCACAAAAAUUAGAGGGAGAGACUCUCUGAGACCUUGAAGUAUGGGACAUUGUUUUACUUAAAGCUUGUAUUUCAAGAUUUUUACCCCCCCUCGGUUGAAAUCGCGGGAGCCCCCCUAAAGCCAGGGGCCCCUAGAAUCGUCACCACAAUUCGUCCCGCUUGCGACGGCCCGGAGCAUAUGGUGCUGCACUUUCUGACAGCCCACACACGGACUCUGCUUAAAACAUAGCUGUCCCAGGCUCACCAUGUGGGUGCACAAAAUCUGGAUAUAUAAGCUGUUAAAAUGUUUAGCAAAAUAACAAGUUCCAAUUUAAAUGGGUUAGUUUUAGGUGGUAUAGCAACCAUUUCACUCUCAAGUGUUUUAAGGACUUCUCUUCUACCUAGUGACUAGAUAGUUUAAUAAACUGAGAUGUCUUGAUGUUAGCUGAUUCACCGAACAGACACACAGUAAAGCUAAAUGCUUGCUUUUACUAGUGAAACAUUGAAACCAAAUUGUGGACUUUUUGAAUGAUGUUGCUGUUGCAACGUUUGUAAAUAUUACUUUAUGCCGCUAGUCUUCUGUAGAUGAUCAUUUACUUAAUAGUAUUGGUGUAAUAACAGGAAGUGUACUGUCAAAUUAUGACCAUUAUUUAUGUCAGUGAUUCUGCUGUUUGCUUGUGAAUUUGUUGUUUUGGUAACGCAGAUUUUUUUGGGGCAAUUUCUUUGUGGAGUACUGAUUUCCUAAGAAUGUUAAAUCACAUUGGAAAAAUAAUCCUUUAAGGUAACUUUGUAAAUAAAAAAUAAAUGCAUAUAUUCUAA